AUGUCUGCACCUCCAUUUGUAAACCCGUAUAACCUUCGAACUGUAGCCGAGUCAGACGCCAAAUCGUGUUAUGUCUGCUAUAAACCAAGCAAUAAGGUCCUCAUUUCUGAUAAUAAGGUAGACUUCUUCUACAUUUGUCCGUCACAUUUGAAAGAUCCAAGUUUUGCCACACCCAUUCAUUCAGAUGAUUAUCAGGAUUUAGUAAAGCAAAAAGCUAACUUGGUGAUAAAAAUCGCGGAAAUUGAAGCAGAAUUGAAGAAUUUGGGCUACAAUUGGGAUUUUGUAAGUAAAAUUCCCGGAUUCUCAAAAAAGGCCGAGAAACCUGGUGAAGGAGAGGCUAAGAGCGAAUCGGAGUUACCUAAGAUUCCUACUAAAACAUCCAAAUCCCUCAAUGAAGACUUAACGAAGGCCAAAUCUUCAAUGGAUGAAAUGUCUGAAAGUAUACUGAAAUUCUCAUUCAAACAGUACAACUUAGAUAAAGACAUAUACAGGAAUCGUGUACGAGCAUACCUUCAGGUGAAAGCUAACCAAAAAAGACAACAAGAAUUACAGAAACCGGGCUUCUUCCCCAGUGCUCCAACACAUGAUAUACAGUAG